AUCAGAGUGAACACCAACAGGAGAAUAUUACAGGGGAUUUUGGCACAUUUUUUGGCGUGCACUAUCCACAUGUUCAGCUGUGUUGCUCCUUCCACAGAAGCAUGAUCCUUACAAGUUAUACCUCAUUGUAAAGAUAUCUGGAGAAAUGAAGCAGCUUCCUGCAGACACUGUGCGGCUGCUGUCCAGCUCCCAGGUCAUCACAUCAGUGGUGAAUGUGGUGAAAGAGCUGAUGGAAAACUCCCUGGAUGCUGGCGCUUCAAGCAUUGAUGUAAAGAUGGAGAACUUUGGCUUGGACCGAAUAGACGUACGUGACAACGGCCAUGGAAUAAAAACUGCAGACACUUCUGUGAUGGCUGUAAGACAUUUCACUUCAAAGAUCUGUAGCCAUGACGAUCUGGAACAUCUGGAAACGUAUGGUUUUAGAGGGGAGGCCCUGGGCUCCAUCUGUGCUGUGGCUGAGGUGACUGUAACCACAAAGACAGACGAGGAUGACAUCAGCACCCAAUACAUGCUGGACUUUACGGGGAAAAUAGUUUCUCAGAAACCAUCUCACUUAGGUCAAGGUACAUCAGUGAGUGUGAUGAAACUUUUCAAGAAUCUUCCAGUAAGAAGGCAGUACUACUCCGCCACAAAGAAGUGCAAGGAGGACCUGAAGAAAGUGCAGGACCUUCUGAUGGCCUACGCUAUCAUAAAACCUGAACUAAGACUAAUGCUGGUUCACAACAAGGUGGUGGUUUGGCAGAAGGCUAAGGUGACUGAUUACAGAAGUGCCCUCCUUGCCACUUUGGGCUCCAGCGCUGUUGCUAACUUGCUCCCUUGCUACCAACAGCAGGAACAACCAGAUAUUAUUUUAGAUGGCUUUUUUCCAAAGCCUGGAGCUGAUUACUCCUCUACAAGUUCUUCAACCCCUGACAAAACGUUUAUAUUUGUCAACAACCGGCCAGUCCAGCAAAAGGAAAUUAUGAAGUUGUUGCGGCAACACUACUCUGCUCAGUAUGCAGAUGACGCAGCCAGGCAACGAUAUCCCACCAUCAUGCUUAAAAUUACAGUUUCUCCUUCCUCGCUGGAUGUAAAUCUGACGCCGGACAAAACCCAAGUCCUGCUCCAUAACAAGGAGGCUGUGUUGACUGCAGUAGAGGCAUUGCUGGUUUCCCUCUAUGGUUUUCGACCUGAAACCAGUGAGAAACAUUUUAGCCACGAAACACCUCUCCAACCAUCUAGUCCUUUGCAGGCUGAUGCUUCACGAGUUGAAAAUGAAGGAACCAUAGACAGUGACAUGAAUCUCGCCAACCACAACAAUAAUGACCUCAAAGAUGCACAUAAACAUGGUGACACAGCUUUGUCAACACCACAAACUGAUGCUUUACUGGACCAUCAGCCCUCAAACUGUAGCUCUUCGUCUUCAAUAGCAGAUGAUUGGCUUGUCAACCAGAUCCCAGUGGAGCUUAACUCCAGCUUCUCUCUUUAUGGUGAUGAAAUGACUCGGAGCUGCUCUCAGACAACAGAAAAUGAUUCAGCAAACAAAUCACCAGAGACACUUGCAGACAAUGAAGUGUCAGCUGCAGACACAAACCCAGACCAAAUAUUAGCCGAGGACUGGAGCCGGGGGACAGCUCUCACCCACCCUGUCUCAGGAGAGCCCCUGCAGCCUGUUGUGAUUCACCUACCCUCAAAGCAGACCAUAUCCGACCCUGAUGAGGCCAAGACUCAGAGCAGCUUGAACAAAAAGAUGCUGAAUGCUAUAACGGAGAAACAAGCUACACUGACGGCUUACGACAUGAUCAGCAACCGCACCAUGAGGGCACCGCUGUCUCCUGCCGCCCUGUUUGAGAAGGAGGCCAGAGCUGAGGUCCUCAGGGAGAAGCCCGCAGCCAGCCUGCAGGAUAUCAGCAUUGCUGUUCGCGAGAGGUGGAAAAAUCUGAGGGAGGAAGACCGUAAGAAGUAUGAAGAGCAGGCAAAAAAGCACCUGGAACACCACAACCAAAGGAGCAAGUUGGCCUCGGCUGAAGGCUCUAAAGAGCCUGUUGCAAACACCUCAAAGAGCCAAAUGCAGGGUCAGAAACGCAAGGCUCCUCAGUCCAACCAGCAGCUUCUUGACGAGCUCUUCUCUGCACAACCCCAAAAGAAGGCGAAGAGCCCUGCAUCUAAACCCUCGCAGCCCCUCCCCUGCAGUAUGGCUGCCCUUCGCCAUAAGCUUCAGCGCCUCUCAUCCCAGAGCAGUGCAGCACCACGGGGCCUCCGUCUUGUAAACCGGCUGGCCUCUCAGAGUGCCUGGGUCAUUUUAUGUGGUCAGAGGCUCAUGUUGUUAAACCCGUUUCGAGUGGAGGAAGCCUUGCUGUUUAAGAGACUACUAGAGAAUAAUAUACUUCCAGCAGUGAGUCUGCAGAACUCUGUACAGUUAACAGAUGGAAGUCUUGGGGGAGCUGAAUACACUGAGGCUUUGUGCAACAUGGAGAAACAAACCCUUGGGCUGACUGGAGGGACGUUCUUCUCUGAUCCCAGGCUUGUGGCUAACGGCUUUAAAAUCAAACUCUCUCCAGGCAGCAUGUCAGCCGAGAGACAUCUGGAAGUGACGGCGAUGGCAGACUGCGUGCCUUUUCUUAGCGUGGAGGACCUCAGGGAGAUCUUGACAGCAGUUCUUCACAGAAAGGCCUCGACUGUGCAAGAGUGCAGGCCGCUUAAAGUCACAAACUACCUUCAAGGUGAGGCUGUUCGACUGGCCCGUCAGCUGCCUACAAAUUUAUGUCGAGAAGAUGUGGAGGAAACCAUCCACCGGAUGGAACGCCAGCUGGGUGACACCGGCCAGACCUGCAUUCAUAGACGACCAUUUCUCCACCACCUAACGGAUGUCCCCUCUACAGAAAAAGAAGCAAAGGCUCUGUUCAGGCCUUUAGACUUGUGACAAAUAAGACCACUUACACAGCUAUGAAACUGUCUCAUUUUAUUUCAGUUUACCUAAUUUCUCAGCUUGUUGCCAUUUUCCAUCCAGAUUCGUCAGUACAUUAGAUGAGCUAUGUGUUAACUAUGGAAAACUAUGUUGAUGCAAAGUUUAUCAUUUCCACAGAGCAUCAAAAGACAAGCGUAAUGACUUGAUGAGAAAAGAUAAUUAAUUUUUUCCUAAAAUCUGCUGUUGCAUAUCACGAGAACUAAUCUCUUUUGUACUUUAGAGCACUCAUUCGAGUAUUAAACUAAGAACUCAAACACUCAAAACUGGGACCCACAAGGUCCAGAACUUAGUAUUUCAGAGAGCUUUAGUGUCUGUUUGACACAGCUUUCUGCAUUAAUGUCAGAAGUAGGAAAUAACUUGUCAUCUUCUGGUUUUUUUGCAAUAAACAGCAAAUUCUUUUCA